AUAAAUGAUUGGGCGGGUGGUGGGGUUAAGGAGCCGAUGCUUUGGGGAGGAGAAUGCAGCAGGAGGAAGAGUGGUUUUGUUAGGCAAGAAACUGGAGACUCUGGAAGGUUUAAAAGUGGAUAGUUGAUCCUUCUGGAGCAGAGGGGAGGAGAGAAAAAUCCUUUUUAAAAAGUGGCCUGUGAGGCACUCUGCUAACGAAGAGGGAGGGGGGAGUGAGAGAACUAUGCAAGCAGGGACUGCUUUCGUCGCUGCUGCUGGGCUGAAGCUGGAGCAACCCAAGAUGAGAACGGAAGGCAGACUGGGGGCAGCCCGGCUACUGCCAUUGAACGAGGUGAACUGCAGCCAUGGCAGGUGCUGACACCAUGACAGCAAGCACAGCAGCCGACGUGAGCACCAAGCCUAAAACCAGCGCUUGCAAAUCUAUCAAGAGGAUCAAGUGUGUAAGUUUAAAUAUUGCAACUCCAAAGACAGAAUUGUGGUGUGGGCCUUCAAGAGGAAAGUGCUCAGAGAAGGUCGCAAUUACACCAGGACAAACUCAUAAAGCAGAGCCAUUUUGUGUUGUAAAGAGCACCCUGAAAGCACUGGAGAACUUGAUGCUGGAUCCGAGGAUAGAUUGUUUUCAACAGAACAUGCUCAGUCCCAAGAUGAUCAUUGGUGAUCCAUCUGUAGAACUCAACAUACGGGAAAGCGGCAGGAUUAUAAGGAAGCAAAUAGGAGGUGCUCAGAACUUGAGGGCCAUUGGGAAAGUCAGUUUGAAGAAUAAGCCUUUGAGUAUCAAGGAUAAGAUUUCAGAAUGGGAAGGGAAAAAGGAGAGUCCUUCUGCUGGAUCCACCUGGAAGGAAGAGGAGAAAGGAGUUAAAGAGGAGCUCAGUACAUUUUUGGGUGUGGUGGAGAAGAUAACUAGGGAAAGUGUGGCGAUGAGAGAAGUGGACUCAAAAAGGGUUAUGAAGUGGCAGGUGGCAAGCAAAGAGAACGAGAGAAGAGUAGGAACUCCCAAAAAUGCUGGGCAGCCUAUUGAAAAACAAGUAGACAUUAAGUUAAGGGCAGAAGAGCCAAAUUCCAAUACUGGGAAAGGCAGUGAAUUGAAGGAUGUCCAGAAAGAGAACUUGUCUGUACUCAGUCAGGUCAAGAAGCUGGAACGAGUCUUGAAAGGAGGGUCUGCAGAGCUACAGCCUCAGUUACCGGGUACUUACUACUCUCCACACUGUCUGCAAGAGAAAGUUGAUGAGGGGCAGGGCCUGUCUGAGGGCCAGGAAACUACUAGCAGGCUCGAACUUGGCAAACGUCUCCUCAGCUUGGACUCUGAAACCAGCGAGCCAAUCUUUGGGACUCUGGAAGAAGUGAAAGUGUCUCGUGUGAAAUACAAACCAGACAGUGAGGAAAAUGUAUACACAGAGCCAGGAUUGCCAGAGAAGAAACCAUUUAUCAAUCCUCUCCCCAAGCCUCAGCGAACUUUCAAGCAUGAGGGCGAAGAAGGAUGGGUCCCUCCAGUCAGAAAUAAAAGAAACUUGCCCCCUCUGCCCUCCAUUCCUCCCCCUCCUCUCCCUUCUUCACCGCCCCCUUCAGCUGUCAGCAGAAGACUGAGGAAUGGAAAACAUAAAGCAAAUGCUGACCACAGGAAGUCUUAUGAGUUUGAAGACCUGUUGCAGUCCUCCUCUGAAAAUGGACGGGUGGAUUGGUACGCUCAGACUAAGCUGGCCCUAACGCGCACUUUAUCAGAGGAAAACGUCUAUGAAGAUAUUCUAGAUCCACCAGCAAAAGAGAAUCCCUAUGAAGAUAUUGAAACAAAUAGUCGAUGCUUGGGGAAGAAAUGUGUUCUGAACUUUCCAGCAUCUCCUUCAUCGUCUGUUCCUGGCACACCCACAAAGCUGCUCUCGAAACCCAUCUUCUUUCGCCAAAACUCAGAACGGCGUAGUUUCAAGUUGUUGGAUGUUCGGAAAUUGAAUCGUGAUGGGACAGGUUCACCUUCCAAAGUCAGUCCCCCCUCAACUCCUAGCAGCCCUGAUGAUACUUUCUUCUCCUUAGGAGAUCCUCAAAAUGGCAAGAGAAGGCGAAAGAUUCCUAAGCUGGUGUUAAAAAUCAAUGCCAUUUAUGAGGCACGAAGAGGGAAGAAACGAGUCAAGAGGCUGUCACAGUCUACUGAGAGCAGCUCAGGAAGAGUGACUGAUGAAAACAGUGAAUCAGAUAGUGACACUGAAGAGAAACUGAAAGCUCACAGCCAGCGCUUGGUUCAUGUGAAGUCCCGCUUGAAACAAGCCCCCAGGUACCAAACCUUGGAGCGAGACCUGAUUGAGUACCAGGAGAGGCAGCUCUUUGAAUACUUCGUGGUGGUGUCGUUGCACAAGAAGCAGGCUUGCUCUCCGUAUGUCCCUGAAGUCACACAGCAGUUUCCAUUAAAGCUUGAACGUUCCUUCAAAUUCAUGAGGGAGGCAGAGGACCAGUUGAAAGCCAUUCCUCAGUUCUGCUUCCCUGAUGCAAAAGACUGGACUCCUGUCUGCCAGUUUACCAGUGAAACUUACUCAUUUGUCCUGACUAGUGAAGAUGGCAGCAGAAGAUUUGGGUAUUGCAGAAGGCUGCUGCCCAGUGGGAAAGGGAAGCGUCUCCCUGAAGUUUACUGCAUCGUGAGCCGCCUCGGAUGUUUCAACCUCUUUUCUAAGAUCUUAGAUGAAGUGGAGAAAAGACGGGGGAUUUCUCCCGCAUUGGUGCAGCCGCUCAUGAGGAGUGUCAUGGAGGCUCCUUUUCCUGCUCUGGGCCGAACAAUUACCAUCAAGAACUUCCUGCCUGGCUCUGGGACCGAAGUAAUAGAGUUGCGUCGGCCACUUGACUCGAGGCUUGAGCACGUUGACUUCAAUUCUUUGUUCUCCUCACUCAGCAUUCGGCAUUUAUGCAGAGUCUUCACUUCCCUGUUGCUGGAGAGAAGGGUGAUAUUUAUAGCAGACAAACUCAGCACCUUGUCGAAGUGUUGCCAUGCCAUGGUAGCACUCCUUUACCCAUUUACGUGGCAACAUACCUACAUACCUGUGCUUCCCCCUUCAAUGAUUGACAUUGUGUGCUCUCCAACCCCGUUUCUGAUUGGUCUGCUCUCCAGUUCACUACCACGCCUCAAGGAACUGCCAGUGGAAGAGGUCCUUGUGGUCGACCUUGUGAAUAAUCGCUUCCUAAGACAAAUGGAAGAUGAAGAUUCUAUUUUACCUCGAAAAUUGCAAGGGGCGUUAGAACACAUCCUGGAGCAGAGGAAUGAGCUGGCGAGCGACCAGGAGGAGGGCCCACUCAGUGGCAAGCAGGACUCCAGUCCCUUGAACGAAGUGGUGUCGGAGGCAUUUGUCCGCUUCUUUGUCGAGAUUGUGGGGCACUACUCCCUUUUCAUGACGACCACGGAGAAGGAAGAAAGAAUCCUGCAGCGGGAGGCCUUCCGGAAGUCAGUCUCUUCCAAGAGCCUUCGGCGUUUUCUCGAAGUCUUUAUGGAAACCCAGAUGUUUGGGGGCUUCAUUCAGGAACGAGAGCUGCGGAAACAGGGAGUUAAAGGACUUUUUGAAGUACGUGCCCAGGAGUAUCUGGAAACCCUUCCUAGUGGAGAGCAAAGCGGAGUCAAUAAAUUCCUGAAAGGGUUAGGUAACAGAAUGAAAUUUCUCCACAAGAAAUAAAAAUGAAGAGCGCUGCUCUCGCAGGGAGAAGAACAGCUUCGGUUCAGCAGACAAAAAAUGGACCAAUUUUUCCUUAAGAACAAUUUCCACUUAGUCCUCUCCAAUGGAGGGGAAACCCCAACACAGGAGCCAGAACAUCCCAGACUUUUGUGUUUCUGUGAAAAGCUGGCCUGUGGGAAAUGGCAGCGUAAGGGUCUCGGAUGCUGCCGGGACAGGUCUGUGGACGUCUUCAGAGGUCAUGCACUGGACAAAGCCCUCUUGGAACUCUCCACUGGUGCUUUGCAGACGUCACAGCGGUUGUACUUCAUAGCUAUUAAACUUCUUGAUUCUUUAUUUAUAUUGGGAGGGUUAGGAAAACUAUUAGCCAGUGACACUUGCCUGUGCUCCUGCCCUGAGUGGCAAUGGGGGCAAACAGGACAGAGGCUGCAUUAACUUGGCCUUUAGGUUGCAAUCCUGAAAUGAGAGAUGAAGGGGAAAGGUGAAGGGCAUUGGUGUCAGAUGACAUGAGUGCACUUGGGGCAUGUGAAGACGGGCUUGGGGUUAUAAAGGGGGAGGCUGCGAUGGGGAGGGAAGAGAACCACUAGCUACCCAGCCCAGCAACCACUAUGUGAUGAUGGGAGAUUACUUCCCUUCCUCAACGGGAAGGCACAUGUUCUCACUCUUCUUCGGUUUAAGCUGAGUGCACGAUGUGAUGAAAUUAAAAGUGAUGGAUGUUUUAGAAAAAGAGGAAAUGGUUUUCUUCAUGUGCUUACAGUAAGCUCUGUGUUUGCAUAAGCUGAGUUUGCUCUUAUGAGUUAAAGGAAGGGAGAAUUGAAGGGAGGGGGGAGCUUGCAAAGGUAAAGUGUAUGUUCUGCAUGCAUCCCAGUGU